UCUUGCCGUUCAGUACCACAUUGAGAUCUCCCAGUGGAGUUGCGUGGCCGCGCCCAAGACUCACUCUUCAACAUGCUCUUAGUUCCCCUCUUAUCUUAGCCUCCCCAGCAGUGUUCAAUGCAUGAGUGACGAGUGCGAUAAAGCAAGAAAACAAAGGAAAUAAGACGUAUAAUGGAUAUAUAGAAGCGGAAAUACACAAAAACUCACCAAUAUGCCAAGGCCGCGAGGUGGUGGUGGUGAUGGUGUUUGGGUGUGUGUGGUGGUGGUGACGCUUGUGGUGCUAUGGGGGCCUAGUGAAAUCAAAGCAGAACCCAAAUUUGAAUGUCCACCCACCACUAAAUAUUUCUUCCCUUGUAAUUGCACGGGAGGGGGAGAAAGAGGUUUAUUUAUAAGUUGCGAUAACACCAAUCUCGCUUCUAUAGCAGUGGGCCUUGCUAAUAUCAGACUGCCAAUAGAGGAGCUUCGCAUGAACAAAUGUCACUUCAAGAAGCUGUACGGGGAUAUAUUCAACAACGUUAUUCUCAUUAAUCUGGUGAUCGAGGACACGCCCUUAGAGGAAGUAGGAAAUGAUGUGUUCAGGCCAGUUGGCAACACCCUCACUGUGCUGAAGAUCCACAGGGCGCCCCUUACCAAGGUGCCCACGCCCGCCCUCUCAGACCUCAAGGAACUAAAGCUACUGGAAAUCACGGAAGCCAACCUGACCACAAUACCCUCAGCCGCCUUCAAUGGGCUCAACAACCUUGUCAUUCUAACUCUGAGUAACUGCAGUCUGAAUAAUAUACACAAGGAUUCUCUGCAGGGACUCUCGAAACUAAAGAAAAUCAAUCUGAGCUACAACAACCUGAAGAAUGUUCCCAAUGGAGUGUUCAGGGGCAAGAGACAAAUGAAGGUGCUGGAUCUGGCUUAUAACAAGUUCAACAAGCUGGAUUCAAAGUAUUUUCAGGAUCUCAAUCAGCUCACGUGGUGCAAUAUGUCACACAACGAAAUCAAGAACUUUGGCAGGAAUCCCUUCGCCCGCAACCAGGUCCUCGGGUGGCUGUCCCUCUCCCACAAUCAGCUCACCAAGGUUGAUGCCCGCACCUUCAGAUCCAUGCGUUUCAUGCGGCGCCUUUACCUGAAUGACAACAAAAUUACAUCGGUUGGCCGUGGUGCCUUUGGUAACAUUGGGAGGAUAGCCACAAUUGACCUUUCACGGAACCAGCUGCCAUUUGUAGAUGGAAGAAUCUUUGUGGACUUUGAGUUUUGUGAGGAAAUCAAUUUGGCUGAAAACAAGAUCACGACUAUAAAGAGUAAUGCAUUCGUAAACUUGUUCUUAGUGGCCGUCAACAUAAGUCAUAACCAAAUCGCAACAAUAGAGCCAGAUGCAUUUGUCAAUACUCGGAACAUCACUAUACUCGACCUCUCACAUAACAACAUCAGCAAGAUACCCAAGGAAGCGUUCCCGGGAGAACAUAGUUACAUGACAGACUUACGAUUGCAGUUUAAUAAUAUCUCCACCCUGGCAGAUGUACCCUUCCACUUCUCAGGAGUGAAGAUCGUUAACCUCACCUAUAACAGACUUGAGCACAUCCCCAGAAGAACGUUUCCAAAGUUAUAUGAACUUCACACACUUGACUUCAGCCAUAAUCGACUAAAUAAAAUAGACAGAAGUGUGUUUUCCAACCUCUAUUCUAUCCGGCAAAUGGAUUUCAGCUACAACAACAUGACAACUCUAUUUGGAAGUAUUUUUGGCACCCUCCCAACACUCCUCAAGCUGGACGUGUCACAUAAUCACUUAAACAAAAUCUCCCGUGCCAUGUUUGCAAACCUGGUGUCUCUCCGGGAGCUUUUCCUGAAUAACAACGAGAUAAAUACAAUUCCUCUGAUCCCACAGUCCCUCAAUUAUCUCCACCUGCAGCACAACAACCUUUCCCGCCUUCCAUCAGCACACACGUGGCCUCAGAUGAAUGCUCUUCUUUAUCUGGAUCUGGAUCAUAACAAACUUGGCGACACUCUGGAAUCCGGCUCCUUCCGUAACUUAAAUUCUCUGCGGUAUCUGAAGCUACGUAACAACUCCAUCACAACUCCCCCUUGGCAGGCAUUUGCAGAGCUACAGACCAUCCAGUACUUGUCUCUUGACCACAAUAAGAUAGAGAAUUUAACCCGAGGUGCCUUUGGUCGUCUCCCAGUGGUGUUUGAGUUGACUCUAUCACAUAAUGGCAUGAUGAACAUCAGUAAGCAAUCAUUUGAGGGGCUACUGCAGCUUCUAAUGCUUAACCUCUCCCACAACGCCCUCCAUCAGAUCCCCAAUGAAGCAUUCCGAGGGUGUGUCUCCAUGCAGUCCAUUGAUCUAUCUCAUAACUUCCUUAAAAAGAUUGACAAUGAAACAAAUGGACUCCUGGAUGACCUCCUGUCCAUCCGGCACAUCAACGUCUCACACAACCAGUUCGGCACAGUGUCCAAGAAAAUGUUUCCGUACCACAAAUGGAUCCCGUACAAUGUCCAAACAGUUGACAUGAGCUACAACAUGAUGCCCGUCCUGCACAAGAACCUCCUCAUUGGGUUACAGAAAGUAAAGAAGCUCAACAUCUCACACAACAUUGUCAACAUCAUUCGUCCAAGUGUCAUCGGUAACUUGACACACCUGGAGGUUCUGGAUCUCUCUUAUAAUGAGCUUGAGGCCCUGGGGAACAGUGUGUUUGGGAGAGGGAAAGCCCUACGUGAGGUGCAUCUACAGCACAACCAUCUCAUCUCCAUUCCAGCACCUGUCUUCAUGUCCAACGAGAACCUCACUUACCUGGAUGUACGAAAUAAUAACCUUCAUGUUUUCUAUGAAGUAUUUGUUCCUCGGGUGACAAAUGGAACAGUGAUCAGAUACUCGGACAACCCUGUGGAGUGUGACUGUACACUCCGCAGGGUAAGAGCCUGGCUGGACACCUGGCUUGGCUCUGAGAAGUGGCGCGAUAUAGUGUGUGCAAGCCCUCUGCAUCUUGCUGGCCGAUCAUUACCUAUGAUAUCAGAGGAGGAGCUGAGAUGCAGUGAUGACCGUCGGGCCAGUGAUCUAUAUCAGGUCAACCCAGACGUACGUUUCCGACUGGCAGGACACAAUCCAGACCAAAUGGAGAAGCUGGAUGUGUCCUGGUACGUCACCACUCAGGAGGAUGUCGGCGGCUUCAAUGUGACAGUGUACAACAUGACCUCUGGCAAGACCGUCGCCUCCAGCGCCCUCUCCUACUCCAGCAGACGGGAGAAAUUUUCCGAAGUGCCAAGAGGGAGGUACAGAGUUUGUGUUGGCACCCACGACUCCCUUCAAGCCAACCGUGCACUCCAGCCAGCCCAGUGUCAUGGGUUCUUUGUCAGCCAUGCCCACACACACCACACUCACACCAUCCUCUCCAUCAUCCUUGCCCUUGUGCUUCCAUUAUUACUGAUGCGGUAGUAUAUAUAUUUUCCCUUCUCUACCAUGCUUCUCUUAGCCUCAUUAUGUUCCAGCAAGCUCUUACAAUGUAUUCUGUUAAUGCUAAACUGGAUGGCACCACCAGCAUGCCUUUUGAGGGGGAAGAGAAGAAGGGUUAGGAGGGAAAGAAGACUCAUUCAUCUCCUUUAUCCUUUUUUUUCACGGCAGCCAUAUAACUCUUCUCAUUUUUUCCCACUUCUAAUUUAACUGUGAUAUAUGUCAGUUCCUUUUUUAUUUUUAUUUUAUUUUAUUUUUUUUCUUAAGAAGGAUACAUGUAAUGCCAAAACUAAGUAUGUAAAUUAUUUGUUAAACUAAUACCAAAAUCAAGUGGAAACAAUAUAAUGAAGUUUUAUAAUGACCGGUGAUUAUGACCCAAUUUAUCUUGUUUAUUAUAAAGGUAACAUUCUAUAUUCUAUACUAUUUUAUUUACAUUCAGUAGCAUAGAUCAUAUUGUAUACUAUACAGAUGCAUAUUUUUACACAUAUGUAUAUUUCUCAUACACAUGACAUAUCCAUUUGUAUAUAAAGGCGAUAUCAAA